AUGGCAGAUAGAACAGGCGAGGGACCUCCUGGAAAGCCUGGUACCGUCGAAGGCGCUGUUCUCUUUGGCGAUUCCUCUUGGUGGGAGGAGUCCUCUUCAUCUGGCGUGUCCGCAGGCGGCUUCGGUAUCUGUGCGAGGUCCCGCAAGCGCACGUCGCCUUCGAAACGCACUGCCUCUAGUCAUAAGCCAGGCGAACGUAGUGACCCAGACAGGAAGACCGCAGAUGCUGGCGCUGCUGAGGAAGGGGCAAGUUCGCCGUCUCCGACCCCGAAGAGAAAACGGAAGCUGUCAGCUGCCCCCUCAAGCGUCAUGGGUGUCAGCGUGAACGCUGCAGCGUACUGGAGCGCUGCUGCCUCUCAAUGGCGACGACGGCCACGCGUGUCUCCAGCCUCAGACUCAGCGUUUUUCUCGUCUCGCGUCUUUGGCGACGUACCCGCACUCCCGCGAGACGAACGACUCGGAGGAGUUGCCGCUGCACAUCUGCUUCCCUGCAAAAUCUCCUUCACUGGAAACGCGCCCGUCAGACGACACUUCCGGCCUCAGGUCGCCUACGCAGUUCUCGGUGCAGACGAGGCAGAGGUACCUGAGGCGCAAGCAAAGGAAAAAGAGGAUUCAGACACGGUUUCCACGGGUGUCGAAGACUCCCGUGAGUCCGAGAACCUUCCGCCAGCUUCUCAGUCGACACGGGUGAGGGAUCCUAACUGUGCGUCUCCAAGGUGUGCAGACGCCUCUCUGGUCAAGAAGGGCGAAAGUGGAAAAGCCGGCGGCGCGAGACAGGCUGAAAACGGAGCUGCACAGACUCAUCCGCUGAGCGAGACGGCACCCGUCGUUCUCGAGGCCCUUCUUCACGGCCGGCUGCUUCGCGGCCUGUCUCUGCCACUUUCUCACCAUGCCCUUCCUUCGAAGGGACUGAAGAAAAAACCGGAAGGAAGCGCUGACUCUGCGGACGCCUCCCCUGACAGGGGAAACGGAUGGUUCUUGACCGAGGGUUGUGAAGGCUUCGUGGUAGCGGCUGCGCCAAGACAGGAGCCAGACGAGCAAGUGGAGAUCGACGACGACGACGACGCAUGCGAAGAGGCAAAUUCAGAGGGAAAAACGGAGAAACUGCAGACCGUUGAGAACCCGCCGGUCGCCCCGAGAAAGGAACUUAUUCCUCUAGGUGCACUGAGUCACCUCUGCUACUGGCAGCAGGAGACGCUGCCCAGUCCCACGGACGACGUGAUGCAGCUCUUGUCAUUUAUGCGGCUGGCGACUGCAAUGCACGACUGGCGAGACGAGAUGCCCACGCCCGAGACGACUGAAGCAUGACACCGACCGAAUCCCAGAAAGCGACAAAGAAGACAGGGGGAAUAUCUACCCCCUUCUUUCUCAUUUCUCAACAUUUUGCGGAAAGGCGACUAUCUGCAAUAUCUGCAGGCCGUUUUUGUCGAUCUCAUGUUGAACCAGUUUUCGUCCUUGUUCCUUGUCUUUUCCCUAGUCGCGGCUGCUAUCUUUGCAACUUCCUGGUUUUGCUUAUCGCGCUCUCAACUGCAUGCGCUUUGAUUGGAGAGUGCCC